AUGGGUAGCAUCAACCACAAAUAUCUUCCGAUAGACCUUUCUCAUCAUAUAAAUGAAAAGAGCAAAGCGCGUCAUCCCUCACCACUCAAAGAUAUUAUUCGAUUUAUGGGAAAGGAUGGCAUGAUAAGCCUAGCGGGAGGUCUGCCUCAUCCAUCUCUAUUCCCAGUCCAGCGAGCAGUCUUCGAAUGUGAGCCACCGCAUACUGAACCUUCUUUCGAAACUCCACUGGUAAACCUUGAUCUUGGACGUGGCCCGAAUAGUGGCAAGUUGGACUUAACCGAGUUCCUGCAAUAUGGCCCCGGUGCUGGUAACAAGAAACUCGUGAGUUUAGCAAGAGAGCUCACUGAUUGUAUGCAUGCUCCCCCUUGUGAACACGAAUAUCUUCUGCACCCUGGAAACACAAACGCAUGGUCUAAAGUCGUUGGCCUUCUUUCCGAGGAUAAUGACUAUGUGAUAGUUGACGAGUUCACUUAUCCAUUAGCUCAGGCUUUGUGGAUACUAUUGGGCAUCAGGGCAACAUCAGUCUCGGCCGAUGAACAAGGAAUGUCCGCUACAGGAUUACGAAAGAUGCUGGAAAGUUGGGAUGAAACGACCAUGGGUCAAAGGCGACCUAGGCUUCUAUACCUUAUCCACUUAGGCUCAAACCCAACAGGAGUUACAAUUUCAGCUCAGCGAAGAAGGGAAAUCUACGCAGUUUGUGUCGAAUUUGGUGGGCUAGGGUUCUUUAUGGCCAACUCAGUGUUUACAGAGAGGUUGCUGCGGGUCACUGAAGUCGAGACACAAGACCCAGCUGGGCUGAGUCAAGCAUUGACAUUGGCUCUGUUCCAAAACUGGGGCAUUGAUGGCUAUCUAACAUGGCUCCAAGGCCUCCAGUUUCAGUAUAGAGCCAGAAGAGAUUGGCUUAUUACGGCCUUUGAAGAUUCCUUCAUAGUUCUGCCGGCAACCAAAUCUCCAGUGCUGCAGGCUCAAGGCAACGUUGCCUCUAUCCCAGACUCAGACGGAAAGCUCAUGCCUAUCUUCAGUUACAUCGAGCCCAAAGAAGGGAUGUUUGUCUGGUCAAAGUUCUAUUUCCAUGGGGUCCGCCGGUUCACUGAACUUCGCGAUGAGAAGAUUGAAGACCUAGAGCAGGCUUUUGCUACCGAACUUUGGGAAACCCUGGCAGAACAACUAGUCCUUCUGACACCUGGGUCUUAUUAUUAUGCUUGGCAAGGCCCUGACAAGACUUCCACCGUAGCUAGAGGGGCGGAUCCAGAGUCUGCAUUUUUCCGGUUCUCGUUUGCAAGUCCAUCUAAAGAGCAGAUUGAAGAGGGAGUCAGACGAGUGAGAAAGGUUGUAGUACAAUUUUGGGAUGUUUCUACAUAA